AAAAAAUACAAAACCGCAGAUUACAGUAAACUAAAGGCGGUUCAAGUUUCCUUUUCCGUAACUCUUCCCAUAUAUAUACACACUUGGAGCACAAGUUCUCGUUCUUUCUUAUAACUAAAAACACAAAGAAACGAUUCAAAAGCUAAAAAAGACUUUUCUUACUAAUGGAUUACUUGAGAACAGAGUUUCAAGAACUAGAAGAAGGAUCAACCAUCUCUGAAUCUGGAAGCUGUGACGGCUCAUACCAUCAACAACGACCUUCUUUUGCCGACGAACAUGGGCUUAUGGAGUUGCUUGAAGGCGAUAAGGCUUACGAUCUUAUCUACCGUAACUCUAAAUCUGCUCUAGGAGAUCAAUGCGAGCUUCUCUCGAUUCUGAGAAACGGGUUUGCCACCGUUGGAUCUCGUGCUAAGCUCAAGAGUUUUCAGGUUUUUCAAGAGGCGGUGGAGAUGAAACAUGGCGGCGGAGGAGGAGGAGGAAGUAGUAAUAAAGCUAGAGUUAAAUAUGGUUGGUGCGAUGUCAGGAAAACAGAGUUGAAAUCGGUUCUUGAAUAUGGUUUUAGCCAGCCAAGAAACGAUGGAUCUUAUGGCUGUGGAUUGUAUCUCUCUCCGGAUAAUGCUCUUCUUGAAUGUUUGAAGGAUUCAGUAGCUGAAGAAUCAGAAGAUGGGAUGAGAUUCAUGCUGCUUUGUAGAGUUAUACUUGGAAAAUCAGAGAUUGUUCCAAGAGGCUCUACACAGUCAUGUCCAAGCUCUCCAGAGUUUGAUUCAGGUGUAGAUAAUUUAGCUUCUCCAAGCAAGUACAUUGUAUGGAGUACACACAUGAACACACAUGUCUUGCCUGAGUUUCUUGUCUGCGUCAAAACUCCAAUUAACUUCAACAGGAGUCCAAAGAGAAAGAGAUCACCAUGGAUGGCAUUUCCUGUAUUGAUCAAAGCAUUAUCCAAGAUUUUACCUUCUUCUCAAAUACUCAUCAUUCAAAAACACUAUAAAGAUCAGCAAAACAGGAGAAUCUCAAGGAGUGAGCUAAUACAACGAGUUAGAAACAUAACCGGUGACAAGUUGCUUGUUCAUAUCAUCAAAGCUUUUGGACAUAAAGCACAAAACUAA